CACUUUUUUCCCGCCGCCAAGAACUACCAGCCAAGAGAAUGCUCAGCUAAACGAUCUUCAUUCCCCGUUUCGGAUCAUAUUUUAGCCCUUGAAAGCCACUUGCUGCUGUUCCGCAACUCGUACCCUAAUCCAGAAUUGGACCCCAGCUUCGUAAAUUCGCCGCAACCCCCUCCAUGGUACGGUGUCUAUUCGCAUUUACGUUUCUCCAACAACUAUUCUUGUUUUUUUUUUUUUGAAAAGCGUCCAACAACUAUUCUUGAUCACUUUCGGCGAUAACAAACGCUAUAUAGUAUUUAUUACUAUUACUCAAUCAUUGGUCCAUUCGUCUUUUCCUCUUGGAAUGCUCCAUGUAUGUCUGUGCCGACAUAUAUACACGCAGAUGUAUGCACACAUGUAUAGAUAUAGUCAUAUAGAUGAACACCCACAUACAAGAAGUUGAAACUGAAGUUCUCCUCGCUCCUAUUGUUCUUUGUAACAAUUUCAAAGAUUAAUGAAAUUUGUUUGCUGUUUUAAAAAAAAAAGUUGAAACUGAAGAUGGGUUUGCUUGUUAUGUGCUAUUGGGUUUUCCUUGGUUGUAAUAUUUGAUACAUUCUUUAUAGUAUGUAGAUAUACAUAUAUGUAUACUACUUUGUAUGUAAUCUCAUGCAACUCAAGGUGGGUGUACUUGAUUAGUGUGUACUGUGUAGCACUUGUGUAGCUUCCUUCGGUGUAAUCAUAUCCGGAUAUAUACGUAUUCAAGUAUCAACUGAGGGAAAAAGUAUGGGAAGGAAGAAUAUAUGGGCAGUUGUUCUGUUUGUAAUUCUAGUGUUUGCAGGCUAUUGUUGUGAAAUACGGGUUUCGACUACGGUAACUUACGAUGGGAAAGCACUGGUUAUUGAUGGGAAGAGGCGGAUUUUGCAGUCGGGAUCCAUACACUAUCCUAGAACCACUCCUGAAGUGUGGCCGGCACUUAUUAGGAAAUCGAAGGAAGGAGGACUGGACGUGAUUGAGACUUACGUUUUCUGGAACUAUCAUGAGCCAGUCAAGGGAGAGUACUACUUUGAAGGCAGGUUUGACCUGGUAAAGUUUGUAAAGACAGUGCAAGAAGCUGGCCUGUUUGUACACCUGAGGAUUGGUCCUUAUGCUUGUGCUGAGUGGAAUUAUGGGGGAUUCCCAAUUUGGUUACACUUCAUACCUGGAAUCCAGUUUCGAACAACAAAUGAUCUAUUCAAGGAUGAAAUGAAGCGUUUUCUUGUAAAAAUUGUUGACUUAAUGAAAGAGGAGAAUCUAUUUGCAUCACAAGGAGGGCCAAUAAUCCUUGCACAGGUUGAGAAUGAGUAUGGAAAUGUUGAGGGAUCCUAUGGAAUUGGAGGAAUGUUAUACGUCAAAUGGGCUGCAGAAACGGCUAUGAGUCUUAACACUACCGUUCCUUGGGUGAUGUGUGUGCAAGCAGAUGCACCUGAUCCCAUUAUAAACACAUGUAAUGGGUUCUACUGUGAUCGGUUUACACCAAAUUCCCCCUCCAAGCCAAAGAUGUGGACAGAAAACUACGCUGGAUGGUUUCUUGCAUUUGGGUAUGCAAUUCCUUACCGGCCUGUUGAGGACCUGGCUUUUGCUGUUGCACGCUUUUUCGAAACUGGUGGCACUUUCCAGAACUAUUACAUGUAUUUUGGUGGCACCAAUUUUGGACGAACAGCUGGAGGCCCCAUGGUUGCAACAAGCUAUGACUAUGAUGCCCCACUGGAUGAAUAUGGUUUUAUUAGGCAGCCAAAGUGGGGGCAUCUCCGUGACUUACACAUGUCGAUAAAGAAGUGUGAAGAAUACUUAGUUAUUGCAGAUCCAGUCCGACAGCCCCUGGGUAGGAAUCUAGAGGCACAUGUUUACUACAAAUCUUCCAAUGACUGUGCGGCCUUUCUUGCUAACUAUGACAGCAGUUUGGAUGCAAACGUCACAUUUAACGGGAAUCUGUACUUCCUUCCUGCUUGGUCUGUGAGCAUUCUUCCAGACUGUAGGAAUGUCAUUUUCAACACAGCUAAGGUUGUUGCACAAAGAAAUCUUGAAGAUGCCACACGUUCUUUCGAAAGUGUCAGUGAACUUUCAUUCACAAGAUGGAGUUGGUAUAAAGAAAAAGUGGGUGUCUGGGGUAACAACUCAUUUACUGCGUCAAAGUUACUGGAGCAGAUAAAUACAACAAAAGAUACUAGUGAUUUUCUAUGGUAUACAACAAGCAUAAACGUGAAUGAAAACAAUAAGGUCGUUCAGGAAAAGGAAGCGCUUUUAAUCGUUGAAAGUUUGGGACAUGCAGCUCUUGUUUUUGUCAACAAAAGACUAGUAGGAUUUGGUUACGGUAAUCAUGAUGAUGCAACCUUCGUGCUCCGUGAGAGAGUCACUCUUAACAAUGGAAGUAACACGUUGGAUAUGUUAAGUAUGAUGAUUGGUCUACAGAACUAUGGGCCGUGGUUCGAUAUAGAUGGAGCAGGAAUUCAUUCUGUCGUUCUUGCUGAUAUGAAGAAUGUCAAGGGGAACCUUUCUUCUACGGAAUGGACCUAUCAGGUGGGACUUGAAGGAGAGUACCUUGGACUUGGUAACGUAAGUCUUGCAAAUAGUUCAUUAUGGAUUCAGGGCAGUGCCAUUCCAUUUAAUGAAAGUUUGAUAUGGUACAAGGCCACAUUUCUUGUCCCAGAAGGGAAGUGUCCUUUAGCUGUGAAUCUUUCUAGCAUGGGAAAGGGUCAAGCAUGGGUCAAUGGGCAGAGUAUUGGGCGAUAUUGGCCCGCGUAUCGCUCACCAUCAACCGGUUGCUCUGAGAAGUGUGACUACAGGGGAUCCUAUAACGCUUCUAAAUGUCUGAAGUACUGCGGUCAACCUACUCAAACAUUGUAUCACAUCCCACGCACUUGGGUACAUCCAGGUGAGAACUUACUGGUUCUCCAUGAAGAACUUGGAGGUGACCCUUCAAGAAUUUCUUUCUCCACACGAGCUGGACAAGAGAUUUGUGCACAUGUUUCAGAGUUUGAUCCUCCGCCAGCAGAUUCAUGGAAACUGAUGUCAGAAUUUAUUUCUCAAACUCCUGAAGUUCGACUGGCAUGUGAAAGAGGAUGGCAAAUUACUUCAAUCAGUUUUGCUAGCUUUGGAACUCCUACGGGACAUUGUGGUGCAUUCAGUCCAGGAAGUUGUCAUGCCAAUGUUUUGUUGAUUGUUCAGAAGGCGUGCAUUGGGAAACAAGGAUGUUCGGUUCCUGUCUCGACAUCUCAGCUAGGGGACCCUUGUCCUGGAGAGUUGAAAAGCUUAGCAAUUCAAGCCCUCUGCCGUGCAAAUAAAUUUCGUCGAGUCUUGAGGGUUCAAUGCUCGGAUGUAUGAAAAUUGAGAUUUGUGGAUUUGAUCCAUUUACUUGUAUGCUUCUGUAAAUGUCAGCUCUUAUGUCAUCUGUUGAAUAAGGUACAACUGAAAUCAGGUUAGCUAGCCCUAAGCAGCUCUUAUGUCAUCUGUUUUCAGGUUAGUAUUUACGCAAGUGUAUUCCAUUUCGAUGUUACCAGGGGUAACGUUUGGAUUCUUAUUGAUGUAUUUGAAUCCACGCGGCUAUUAUUAUAGUCCACGUUUUGUACAACAAAUGACUUGUGAGCUAUUUGUUGCAAUUAAAACCCUGUUUAAAUUCAACGAUUCUCUUUCAA